UAGUACUGAAAGAUACUUUGACGAAAUUUUUUAUUGCUUUCUUCUUUUUAUCUCUGCUACCAAGAAUUCUAUCCCCAUUCUUUUCUUAUGAAACUGGAUGUUCAAGAAUCUUUGCAAAUUCAACCAUGCAUAAAGCUGAACCUGAAAAUUGAUAAGAUCAGCGGUUCAGCACAACAUCUCUGUAUUCUUUCUUAUCCCACACUGCUUGUCUGCUUUAAUUAGUUUUCACAUAUCUAAACAUCACGAUUGUGGAUUACUUUUGGCUCCAAGGACUAGAUCGUGGACAUCAUUGUAUAGCAGAGGAAGGAAGUUUUUGCAAGUUUUGACUCGUGGAUUAGUUUUUGCAUGUUCUAUGGCUUCUUCUUCUUCUUCUUCUCCUUCUCGUUCUCCUGCGCAUGCCUUUAAGUACGAUGUCUUUCUUAGUUUCCGAGGCGAGGACACCCGCAAUACUUUUACCAGUCAUCUUCAUGCCGCUUUAGUGCGGAAGAAAAUCAAAACCUACAUCGAUUAUGAACUUGUGAGAGGAGAGGAAAUUGCACCUGCCCUUCUCGAAGCAAUAGAGGAAUCACAACUUUCGGUGGUCAUUUUGUCAAAAGACUAUGCUUCUUCAACAUGGUGCUUGGACGAACUUGCGCAUAUUUUGGAAUGCAAGGAAAGACAUGGACAGAUUGUUAUACCCAUUUUUUACAGAAUAGAUCCUUCACAUGUACGCCACCAGAGGGAGAGUUAUGCAGCUGCAUUUGUUCAACAUGAAGAACGUUUCAAGAACAAGGUGCUCAAGUGGAGGGUUGCUUUGACAAAAGCAUCCAAACUAGCUGGGUUUGAUUCACGCAAUAUCGGCCUUGAAUCCGAAUUAGUUGAGUUUGUUGUCGAAGAUAUUGUGAUGAAGUUCAGUCGCGAAUGCUCAAGCGAUUUAAAGGGUCUGGUUGGAAUUGAAAGUCGCAUCCAGCAACUCGAGUCAUUGUUAUGCAUUGAUGUAGAAGAUGUUCGUGUUCGCACUGUUGGUAUUUGGGGUAUGGGUGGUGUUGGCAAGACCACCCUUGCUGGUGUUGUAUUCAACCGACUGUCAUCUCAAUUUGAAGCUUCCUAUUUCCUUGCUGAUGUUCGGGAAAGAUCAGACAAGACUAGACUAUACGAUUUGCGAAAUGAACUUUUCAGCAACUUAUUGAAGGAUGAAAGUCUGAGGAUCGGCACUCCAUCUAUAGGUUCAACUUUUAUAAAAAAGAGGCUCUCCCGUGCAAAGGUCCUCGUUGUGCUUGAUGAUGUGAAUGAUGAUAGCCAACUAGAAACUUUAGUUGGUGAUCAGGUUCAAUUUGGACCAGGAAGUAGAAUCAUUAUAACAACUAGAGAUAUGCAUCAACUUAAAGUGAUGCAACAACUGCAUAAAGGAGCUGACCAUGAUGUUGUAAUAUACAAGGCAACGGAACUAAAUCAUGAGGAAGCACUUCAGCUCUUCCACUUGAAUGAUUCUGAGGAAAUCAGGUGCGGAGCAGAAUAUACCGAAUUAGGGAGAAUGGUGGUGCAUUAUGCUGCGGGAAUUCCCUUAGCGCUUAAAAUCUGGGGUUCCUUAUUUCGUCGAUGCAAGAGCACACAAGAACGGGAAAGUUUCUUGAAAAAGUUGAAAAGGUUUCCUGAAAAGAAACUUCAAAAUGUGUAUAGGAUAAGUUAUGAUGCAUUAGGAGAAAAUGAGAGGGAGAUAUUUCUUUAUAUCGCGUGUUUUCACAAAGGGGAGGAUGUAUAUAGAGCAAAAGAACAAUUAGAUGCAUGUGGAUUAUUUGCGGAAAUCGGAAUCAACAUUCUCAUUGAUAUGUCUCUGAUAUCAAUCAAAGACAAAGGGUGGACAGAAAAAACUCGUUACCUGUGGAUGCAUGAUUUGAUACAAGAAAUGGGUUGGGCAAUUGAGCGUGAACAACAUCCUGCGAAGCCUGGAAAGCGCAGUAGGCUGUGUACCCCGGAUGACAUCUGUCAUGUGUUGGAAAAGAAUAAGGGGACUGAAAGAGUUCAAAGCAUAUCCCUAAACCUCUCUCAGAUUACAAAGCUGAACUUGACUCCUCAAGCCUUCAAAAAGACGUGUAAUCUAAAAUUUCUAAAGUUAUAUGGUGAAGAUCGCUCGGGCCACUACUACUACCCUUGGAAGGACUGCAAUGUGCACUUUAAUCUUCACGAUCUUGAAUAUCUUCCUGAUUCCCUUAUAUAUAUCAGCUGGCCUUUAUACACUUUGAAAUAUUUGCCAUCAACAUUUUCUGCUGAGAAUCUCACUGAGCUUUCUAUGCCUGGUAGCCAACUCCAGAGACUUUGGGAUGAAGGCCAGAAGCCUAGGAACUUAAAACGCAUCGAUCUCAGUCAUUCUGAGCAGCUGGUUGAAGUUCCAGAUCUCUCUAUGAGCGUAAACAUCGAGAGGAUAAACCUUGAAGGCUGUGGAGGGCUGGUUGAAGUUCCUUCCUAUUUUGAAAAUCUUCACAAGCUUACUUCAUUGCAUGUGAGUGGUUGCACGAAUCUUAGUGUUCUAUCAGAUAUGCCAUGUAAUAUGGUCUCGUUGAAGUUAGGUAAGACUGCUAUAGAGCACUUGCCUUCAUCAAUUUGGUCCCAUGAAAAACUUGUUAGAUUGAAUCUUGAUGGGUGCGAGGGCAUUAAGAAUCUUCCAGACAGUAUUUGGAAGCUUUAUUCCCUCACAUAUCUUGUGUUGUCUGGGACAAGUAUAGAAGAAUUGCCCUCGUCAAUUGAGGGUCUCUCUGGGUUAAAAUAUCUUGAACUGCAAGGUUGCAAAAGGUUUGUCAGUCUCCCAAGCUGCAUUUGUAAGUUGAAAUCUCUUAAGACCAUUUCUCUGUUUGGUUGCUCUGGCUUCAAAAACUUCCCUGACAUGUUGGAGCCUAUGGAACAUCUGGAGAAUCUUAAUUUAGGAGGAACGAAAUUCAAAGAGCUACCCUGUUUGAUUGAAAACGUAGUUGGGCGGAAGGAAUUAGUGUUACCUGGGUGUAGAAGCUUUGAGACUGUCCCAAAGAGCAUCUUGCCUCCGUCGUCGGUCAUUUUAUGGUCUCCGAUGAGUAGACUAAAACUCCGGAACUGCACAAUGGUAGAAGAAAUCCCUGAUUGCAUCUUUAGCCUAAACAGGUUAUCUGAAUUAGACGUGGGUGGAACCAUGAUUAGGAGCUUACCUUCAACCAUCAAUCAAGCACCUCGGCUGAGAGGAUUAGUUCUAAAGGAUUGCAAGCGCCUUGAAUCUUUACCCAAACUCCCAUAUCUUCUAGACUGGUUAGAUGCAAGUGACUGCAAGCGAUUGAAGACAGUGUCUGGGUUAACGACUGCACUCACAGAAGGUUUGGAUCGAAGAGUUCCUUCCGUGUUGCAUAUAUUUUAUAAUUGCGUAAGUUUGAAUGAGAAUGCAAGGAGGAACAUAAUGGAUUAUGCACAUCUUAGAAAUAAGGCAACAGAUGCACAUCUUAGAAAUAAGGCAACAGCUAAUCAUCCGGAACUUAGGUACGAAGUUAGAUGCUCGGGAAAUGAAAUUCCAAAAUGGGUGAGCAAUCAAAUGGAGGGAUGUUCGAUAGAUAUCACGCUUCCUCUACGUUGGUCUGAAGAUGCAAACUUUUUGGGCUUAGCUUUCUGUGUUGUUGUUGACUUCCAUAAAACAAUACAUGCGGGAUGUGGGGGUGAAUCCAUUUUCAAAACCGAAAAUGGUGAAAGCCACACCUAUCAGUUUAGCAAUUUUGCGAGCUGUGGGAUCCAAGGGGAUGGCGACAACUCAGAUCACUUGGUGGCGUGGUACGAUUCCCUUCGGAAGGUGAGGUCCACUCCUUAUACCAAUGCCACUCGAGUCUCUUUUCAGUUCUAUGCAGGCGGAUCGUCUUUCGAUCGCAAUGCACGCCGUAUGUGUCUAGUUAAAUUGAAGGUGAAAAGGUGUGGGGUGGGCUUUGUGUAUGCUGAAGGUCCAGACCGAGAUGCUGUGAGAGUUCAGCAUGUUGAAGCUACCGGAAGUGAGAAUUCAGUUGCCUCUCUUGAAACCAUGUUUCGAAAACUGUCAUUAAAUUAGAGCACCACAAAAUCCGCCCAAAAACAAAAAAAACAAAAAGUUGUGCUCUUCAAA